AUGGAUGUGCUCAGGGUCGUGGAAGAUGAUGUGAUGCUUGUUACCGUCGUGGAGGUUUUUGUGCUCGUCGUGGUUAGGCUCAUGGUAGUAGUGCUGCUGCUGGUCAUCGUGAGGGUCGUUGUGCUCGUCAUGGUUGUGACCGAGCUUGUUUUGCUGGUUGAUGUUGCAGUUCGGCUUGUGGUUGUGCUAGUGGUCACAGUGGAUGUGCUACUUACAGUGCUGGUGGCUGUGGUGACGGUUGAGGUCUGGCUACUGCUGGAUGUUGUGCUGGUGCUGGCAGUGGUGGUGGUUGGCACUGAGCUGGUAGUCGUAGUUGUUGUGCUGGUUUGGCUGCUGGUACUGGUUCGAGUGAUUGAAGUUGUUGUGCUCCUGGUGGUGCUUGUUACACUGCUUGUCACGGUUGUGACUGUGUUGGUUCGGCUGGUGGUGGAAGUUUGGGUGGAUGUUUUGGUUUGGCUCGUAGUUGAUGUUGCAGUUCGGCUUGUGGUUGUGAGAGUGCUCACAGUGGACGUGCUACUUACAGUGCUGGUGGCUGUGGUGACGGUUGAGGUCUGGCUACUGCUGGAUGUUGUACUGGUGAUGACUGUAUUUGUGCCUGUCACUGUGCUUGACCUGGUGCUGCUGGUGCUAACAGUCGCUGUGACGGUGCUAGUGGAAGUUUUGCUGACACUUGUGCUGGUGGAGGUAUUGCUGCUGCUCGUGCUCACAGUUGACGUGUGGGAAGAAGUGGUGGUUGAUGUGCUCGUCUCCUUGGCCAGGACAGCACAGCCGGCACAGCCCCAGCCAGAACUCUAG